CUCCGCGGAGCACAGGGAGAAGUUAGCAGCCGACUGUCAGUCCGGUCCGCAGCCACGAUGGAUGCAGUAGCUCGCCUUGUGCUCGUCCUCCUGCUCGGGACUAGGAUACACGAGAUUAACGCCCUCCAGUGUUACUGUGACCGCUGCAGCGCCAACUCCAGCUGCACGACGGAUGGCGUCUGCUUCGUCGCCAUCCGCAAGUCGGGCAGCCACCUCACCACCGAGCAGCGCCAGUGCGUGCACGAGAACGAACUGAUCCCGCGAGACCGGCCCUUCAUCUGCGCCCCGUCCGUCAAACACGACACGGGUAUUUACCCCAUGUGCUGCACCACGGACUACUGCAACAGGAAGCCCGACCUGGACAUCUUCCCUGUCCCCCCGGUGAAGCCUCCUCCCCUGGGGCCCGUGGCCCUCGCCGCGGUGAUCGCCGGCCCGGUGUGCGUGCUUUGCCUGCUGCUCGUCGUGGCCUUUUACGUCUGCCACAGCCACAGAGGUCUGGGCGCCGGGGGUGCGGCCCACCACCACCACCACCACCGGGUCCCCAACGAAGAGGACCCCACCAUGGACCAUCCCUUCAUCACCGUCGGAACUACGCUGAAGGACCUCAUCUACGACAUGACCACCUCGGGCUCUGGAUCAGGUCUGCCGCUGCUGGUCCAGAGGACCAUCGCCAGGACCAUCAUCCUCCAGGAGAGCAUCGGCAAGGGGCGUUUCGGAGAGGUGUGGCGGGGCAAGUGGCGCGGCGAGGAGGUGGCCGUGAAGAUCUUCUCCUCGCGGGAGGAGCGCUCCUGGUUCCGCGAGGCGGAGAUCUACCAGACCGUGAUGCUGAGACACGAGAACAUCCUGGGCUUCAUCGCCGCCGAUAACAAAGAUAACGGGACGUGGACGCAGCUGUGGCUGGUGUCGGACUACCACGAACACGGCUCCCUGUUCGACUACCUGAACCGCUACACCGUCACCGUGGAGGGCAUGAUCAAACUGUCCCUGUCCACCGCCAGCGGCCUCGCCCACCUCCACAUGGAGAUCGUCGGCACACAAGGUAAACCAGCGAUUGCCCACAGAGACCUGAAGUCGAAGAACAUCCUGGUGAAGAAGAACGGGACCUGCUGCAUCGCCGACCUGGGCCUGGCCGUCCGCCACGACUCGGCCACCGACACCAUCGACAUCGCUCCGAACCACAGAGUGGGAACCAAAAGGUACAUGGCGCCAGAGGUGCUGGACGACUCCAUAAACAUGAAGCACUUUGAGUCUUUCAAGCGAGCGGACAUCUACGCCAUGGGACUGGUCUUCUGGGAGAUCGCCAGCCGCUGCUCGAUGGGAGGCAUCCAUGAGGACUACCAGCUGCCCUACUACGACCUGGUCCAGUCCGAUCCGUCGGUGGAGGAGAUGAGGAAGGUGGUGUGUGAGCAGAAGCUUCGGCCCAACAUUCCGAACCGCUGGCAGAGCUGCGAGGCCUUGCGGGUGAUGGCGAAGAUCAUGAGGGAGUGUUGGUACGCCAACGGCGCGGCCCGGCUCACCGCGCUCCGGAUCAAGAAAACCCUGUCCCAGCUCAGCCAACAGGAGGGAAUCAAGAUGUAGACACAACUACCAAACACACACACACACACACACACACACUCACCUCUGACUGGCAUCCAUAUCGUUAGCAUUACAGCAUUAUUAUCUUCGAUAUUAUUCAUCGAUUUGUUCCUCCCCUUUAGUUCGAAGGGAAUUGAAGAAUAUUCCCCCCCUUGUGCUCUUUUUUUUUCUUCCCCUCUCAUCCCAUUUCAUUCAUUGACAAACUGAUUAUUCCUGCGCCUGAAACUCAGGAACCAUUUAUGUUCGUGACAACACACACACACACACACACACACACACACACACACACACACACACACACAUUUGAAUGGCUGGAUUGAUGGAUGGACGGAUCUGAUGAGAGGUGGUUGUUUCUGAAGGGGAUAAAAUUCUCCUCCAUUCACUAUAUCCAUCACAUGAAGUCUCAACUGGCAACUGGUGUCCAUCUCGACUCUCCGCCUCCACCGCUCAUCACACACACACACACACACACACACACACACACACACACCUGACCGACAAGAGCUCGGACCUCGUCAAAACUGAAGUCCACACACACACACUGGACGUCGUCGCCUCCCCCCCCCCCCCCCCCCCCCCCCCCCCCCCCGGGCCCCCGGGAGGCCUCCUGCGCUGCCGGAGCUUUCGCUCGCUCACAUCUCCUCACAUCUUCACCGUCACCUCCCUGAUUUAGCGUUUCAUCCUUUUGCUUCAGCAGCUUAUGAAGCUUCUCUUCGAGUGGGGCUGCAAAUGAACUCACAUUUACUUUUUUGUAAAUAUUAUGAAAUCCUGAAAUAUUAAGUGUGUAGAAAAAUGAGCCCAACACACUGAGGCCGUUACUGAACUUUAACAAACAUUCUUGAAUGAAUGUAAAUAAGUGAAUAUCUAUUUAAUAGAAUCCAUAUCCCUGAUGUUAAGUAUCAAAAAAAGAUUUUCUUAGGAUGAAUUUUUCCCAUUUUUCCCCAAAUUGUUUGUUUCUUUAAAAAUGCAGACGUUUUUUUACCAGGGCUCCUCUCACUGCUCUGAAAUCGCUGAGUUAACGGUGACCCCCCCCCCCGCCCGCCACGAUCAACAGGAUUUGAAAGAGGGAAGAUAAUUGGGGGGUGUGAAGUUUCUUUGCAGCCCUGCUCUUGAGCCGUGGUACAGUAGCACUGUAGGACCGAAGCAUCACGGGACAGUGUGUGUACGCUGCACCGUGGGGGUUCACUCACGACCGCCGUCGGCUUCUUCUCGUUGAGUUAAUGAGCAGAAUCUCUCUCCUCUGCAACGAUUUUCCUUUUUUUGUGACUAUUGUGUUUUCCCCCGACUCCCGUCAUGUCGUCAGGGAGUCGGGACAGGUCAGUUUAAUUUAUUGUUUUACGUCUCUUUUUCUUUUUGGUGGCAGGGGAUUUUUAUUUUUAUUUUUUAUUUUAUUUUUUUGCAAAAACUAAACCGGACACGAUGACCUCAUUCAUUUUUGGCGAACAUGCUGCAACAUAUGCAAUAUAAAGUAGAUAAAUGUGUCUAUUUUCUAUACUCUGCUAAAACCACAAACACCGAGAACGACAACGACAAAAAAAAAUCAGCUGCCACCAUGCCUUCAAAGCCAGCUGUUACCGGAAAGUGCCAGUGCUUUAAAAACCCAACUCCUCUCAUGUCGGCUGCUGCGGUGUGUGUGUGUGUGUGUGUGUGUGUGUUCUCGCAUGUCUGCAGCUCUGGACGCAUGCGUGUCAGAGGAGGCCUGCCCGAGCGCACAGCAAAGCUCGUACUAUGCACACCCACAAGACGUAGGGGAAGGCAAAGCAAGGAGGGACACGCUAUGCACGCCCGCAACCCAGCCGACUCUCUGGUGCCAUUUCGUCGAAGCCCCCCACCACCUCAGCAACAACUCAUCUUACAGCUUCUCUUCUCAGUGGACUCGAGUCUGGACACUUGAGCUCCAGCACCUCAAACUGUGUUCAGUCGGGGGGGGGGGGGGGGGGGGGGGGGAACUUCGCCACAAAAAGCUCACGGCGGCGUUCGGGGGAAAAAAAGCGACUCAAAGACUUGUAAGCAUUACUGUUGUCGCCCUAUAAAUGUAAACUCUUGGAUUUCAGAUUUUUUUUUUUUUUUGGUUCUCUCUCGUACGUGUUUGCGCCGUUGACCGCGCAGCAGCACGAAUAACCGCUCACGUGUUUUCUUCUCUGUAGGGUAAUCAACAAAAACGACAAAAAUUUCAGUGAGGUACAUUCAUUCAAAUAUAGCAAACGGAUACUUACUAAGCCAUAGGUUUUCCAGGUUGUUUAUCAUGUUUUUCUUUUUUGUGGCAAGUUCUUUUUCUACUAGAAUGUACAUUUACGAGAGAGAAAAAGAUUGAGGGGGGGGAAAGGAAAAUUUUGACAUUUCAGCUUAGCAAGCCUUAAGGGACCAACGCAAAUGAGUCGGGAUCUGCUCUUAAAUAUUUUUUUCUCUUUUAUUGUUUUUCUUUUUUUCUUUUUUUGAAGAGAAAUACUUAUCAUAGGGAUCAAUGAUAUAUAAUCAUUGAUUGCUGUGAUAAAGGUAGUGUCGUGAUAUCUGAAGGACACGCAAGAAAAAGUUAUGUAGCACCAGAUUUAAUAGUUUGUUUCAGUCGAGUGUUUGUCCUGUUGCCAAAAUUGCCAUACAUCUAAACCCAUUGUCUAAUUUUAACACGUUCGCUCGUUCCAUCAGAAGCACUCGUCUUUUCAGCGCACGGCGCAAAAAAAUGAAACGCAUAAUUAGUUCCGGUUCGACGAGACACAAAAGUAUUAAAUUGUCAGUAAUUAUUAUAUUCAGUACAUGAUAUCUGCCAGACAGUGCUAUUCAAAGAAAAUCCCACAGUCCCAUGAUUGUUCAGCAAUAAGUGCACUUCUGAACCACCGCGGGGGUUUACCUGUGUGGCAGUUUGGACGUCUUGUCUCCAUUGUUUUUCUUACAUGAUGGACACAUAAUCUAUUGAUGUGCUGCUACUUAAGUUGUCCGCCUGAGAGCUGCCGUCUUGGAUGUAAAUAUCCUCAGAUUGCCUGGAUCUGUUCAUUUCUGUGCCAUGUCGCUCGGACCCCAAAUGCGGCGCGUUGUCGAUUCUUCGCGAGGCGGAAGGUUUGCUGAAGUGCGAUGUAAGGGUCGUUUGCAGCCACGGCUUACGGAGGAGCGGGGAGUCCGACCCCUGACCCCUGCAGCGGCUCAUUACACCGAUGAGUUCUCGCCAACGUGUCGCGCAUCCGUUCAAUCAGCUGCUGGCGAUUAGAAAGCGCCACGGUUGAAAACCAUUGUGCCAAUCUUUUCACUGGGGUUCUGAGUAGGUUGUUCUCUCCACUCUGAGGCCCACACGGUUGAAAAUGCAUUUAGAGACCGUUUUCUCUCCCAGAAGCCGAAGUUCGGAGGGGCGGGUACGGGAGCAAAGGGGUCCGUUUGAAAGUUCUCUGUGAUUGCGACCACAGACGAGUCAGUCAAUUCAAAUUUUCUCCAUGAAACCUCAGAAAGAUGCAAUUAAACCUUUUCAGCAUUUAAUUCAAAGACAAUAUAAUAGCAGUGCCACUGCAAGAUCAACAACAGUUCUUUUUAAUACAAGCAACACUUACAUGAAAGUCAAAUUGAAUCAAACAAAAAGUAGAAUGGCACUUAGCACAUACCUCCGCUGAGGCCGAAACAAGUGAUCUGACAAACUCGAUUAUUUAUUUGUCAUAAAACAUAAUUAAAGAGAGUGAAAAAUACUCCGUCGGUCUGCCCCUCAAUUCGCAUCUGCACCAGAAUGUAAUGGGUUCUUCCCCGGCCCAGGACCCAUCCCUCCGCCAUGUUUGGUGGAAAUGGAGGGAGUCAAACGUGACGAUGUCUUAUGAAAAGUGCUGAGAAAAAUGUAAAGUUAGAGCAUCUUUCUCAUCAGUGCAUAUCUAUUUCACGGAAACACCCCAAAGCCUUUGUGACAUAUCGUUACUUCCGAAAAUUACAUAAUCAGUUGCUACGGGCGUUAUUCAGUCGUUUCCUCGACGACCUUUUAAAAUUUUAGAUUUGAAAUGAAAGCUUCGAGGUUCGACGUAUCCACCUGUGUAGUUCGCCCGCUCAGAGUCGACGUCUUGUGAAUGAAGAAUUGCAAAAAAAACGUGUAGAAACGGUCAGCGGUGGCAGAAGUGACAUGUGGAACCUUGUAAAUACACGUGAAGUGGAUAUUGCUGCUAUGUCGAAUACAAAAGAGGGUGACGGACUAUGCUGAAUUAAAUGUUAAAUGUGUAAACUAAGUGGGGCCAGCUGGGUCUCGCCAGGGAACAACUAGGGCCAAGUAUUGAUCUUUUCUAAGCCAUGUGGGUGGCAGGGUUGGGGGGGGGGGUGAUUGUACGUAUCCCUUUAAGUGAGCCCUGGCUGAUCCCACUGGGCCUCUGGGUGGGGUCGAGACUGUACAGUGUGUGUACAGUAUGUGUAUUCCAUUAGCAGUGUCAUUCUCUGGGACAUUCAAAAACAACAACAAGCUCAACUCAACAGCACCUCCGGUAUGCCUCUACUAGGACAACCUUCAUUCUGUCUUAAAGUCACCAGCAGCCUUGUACUUUUUCUUUUUUCAAAACCCAAGAUGACUUAACUGUACAAAAAAAAAAAAAAGAUCUUUGCAGCCAACUGUUUUUGUUUCUCGCAGCAGUCGUUCUCUCCUCGUGAUUCUAUCUUGCCUUUCUCUUUCUCGUCAUUCCCUGUUCUCCAAUUGACCGAUGUCUCUCUCGGCUACACAAUGCCACACCUCAUUGCAGUCGGUCCUCUCGCUUCGCAGCUCCAUGAAAGGCUGAAGCGCCUUACCAUCCAUCCCUGCCCCCCAAAGAAACAUUUUCUGAACUCAAACCUUAAGGCCUCGGGGGCUGUGCUUGAAACAAACUGGUUUGUUUUAGACGGUCUCUCCUGUUAAGACGUUCGUGGUGUUGCCCUCAGCGAAACUCAUGACAAGUGACGGAGACGUUCAAACUCUCUCACCUCUGUGUUGCGUAGUCGUCCGCUGUUCGGUUUUUGGGAAGUUGCCAAAACUCGUCGGACACAGCCCAGACAAGCGUACCGCCCUUAAAGAGUGCGUCGAUUUAGGAUUAGCAUUAUAAAGUUGUCAGAGUUGCAUUGGAUUGCUCGGGGGGGGGACAAGAACUAUACCAAAUUGACGCAACUUUUUUGUCCAAAGCCUGGUGCCCACAUGACCAGAAUGCAACAGCAGUCCGGUCAGAAGUCCGACGGUGUUCUGCUAAUGCUGCGUUCCAUUACACCUCGGAGCUCGGAGCGCUGCGGUCGGGUUUAUCGUUCCAGUAUAAUCCGGGAACUCGGAAUUGCGACCUUCCGAGUCUGACUUUUCACCAACCCCCGACUCCCGGGGUCCGACUUCCGAGGUGUGAUGGAACGCAGCAUCAUAGCAGUUAGUAGCCUGAUGAGUUGAGGAGUGGGCCAUUUCCUUCUUAAGUUAUUGGAUCGUCCGGAUUCCUUGUUGCGGGGCUGCAUCCGCCAUUGUUCAUGUAUACAUUUCUGAAACCGGCAGUAUGACCAACAACACGAAUGUCUUCAAGGAGAGAUGAAAGCAUGGUUUAGGAUCAAAUUUGCUAUUAUCACUUUUAGACUUUUUUUGUUUCGACCUUCGGGUUAUAAAAAUGGGGCCAUACUUUUGUUUCCUCUUUUUUUUUUUUUUGUCUGGAAAACUUUGGGAUUCAACUUGUAAAUCCCCAUAACUUGUGAACUAUUCUUGGCUUGCAGAUUUCCCGGUUACGCCUCCCCUUUGAGAAUCUCACCUCAAACGGGAGUGCGUCGCUGUACACUGCUGAUACGCAGCCACCGUGCAAAACCUCAGCUCACUGGUCAACACAGGCGAAGGAUGUGAACGGGUGCGGCGACGUGGCCGAGCCCCCUUUAGUGACCCAAACCCAUACGAAGGUACGAAACGAGAGGUUCGUUCUCUGUGUUGCCUGGAUGGAUGGAUGGAGGGGCAAAAACAGGGAGGUAACGUGAACUAUGCCAGCAGCUCCACCGCUCCGAACCACCGCACUGAGAAAUUCCCACAGCUGUGAAUGUAUCAGGAACCUCAGCGUCCACCACCGGCCUGAGCGCAACCUGCAUAGCGCAACCCAAAGGGGUCGCGGCGGCAAAAUGUCUGCCGCACAGGUCUUUGUUUCUACGUCUCUUUCUCUUUGUUAUGCAAAAGUCCGGGCCAGCUUUCUGUCGGCCCACUCAGUCCCACCGGAUCACCCGGGCUGAACGACCUUUCUAUGCGAUCAUGAUCCGCACACUGUGAAGAGGUUGGCGAUGGGGUCAAAGUAUUUCUAAUCAUCCUCCCUCCGUGGUUUCCCUCCAUCGUCACGCCCCGGCGGAGGCCUGCUUGUGCGCUGGUCUCUGCUGAAGCACCGGCGGGUGGUCAAAAGCUCGAUGUGAAGAGGGGUUUGGGUCACUAAAGGGCUCGGGGGGGGGCUCUGCAAGGCGACAAGGGUUUGUUUUUUUUUCCCUCCUCCGGUCCGACGCUGCAGUGAGGCCUCUGUGGCAGAAAGCUUUAUCGUGUUUUCAUUUGGUGCCUAAGUUCGGGAAGGCGUCCUUCUUUUUUCUUUCUUUUUUUUACUUUUUCACCUCGAAUGACAAGACUGCAUGUGAUUGUGUCUGCGUCGAUGUCUGCAUUAUCUGCUUUAUAGAUAUCAUCCAAAAGCUGAGAUCUUAAAAAGAGAAAAAAGCGUAAUUAACAUAUUAAAAAAAGGACACUUAAUCGAAAAGAAAAUACCUCCUUUUGAAGACCAAUGUGUUUUACCUCACUGUAUAUAUAUAUAAAUAUAUAUAUAUAUAUAUAUUCUUGAUUUGUUUACUCCAAGUUUGCAAUUUAUCUUUCUCUUUUGUUUCUAUGAAAUGCUUAAAAAAAAUUGAAGAGAAUAAUUUGUUUUUCUUUUCAAUGGUACUUUUCUUUUUGGUUUUUUUUCUGUUAAAUGUCAAACGGCAUUGUAUUGUGUUUGUGUUGUGCCCAAGCAGUAAACUAUUCCUCUUCUACCAUGCUCUGUAAAUGACCUGUCGGUUGUGUUCUGCGUGAGCUGUACAGUCAAAGCGCUUUACAAAUGUCCAAGCCCCCUCCCCCCCCCCCCCUUCUGUUAAAAAAAAAAAGAAAAGAAAAAAAAGCCUUGUUCAAUAUAUUCUUUUGUUUAACGGGGAAAAAAAUUGGGGGGAAAGAAAAGAGUCAAAGCGGAGGUGGAGGACGAGGAGGAGGAGGAGGCAGGAAGUGAAGUGAGGGGGAGGGACUGUACAUUCAUACAGCGAAGACCCCCCUCGACUGUCGGGACCCUCCUCGCCCCCCCGCAACCCUCUUGGAUUUCUUAAGCAUUAUAAUCUUGACUUUUUUUUUAUAUAUAUAUAUAUAGUGUGUACAGAUGAACGAGAUCAGCACAGUAACUAGAGGAUUGACACGUAUGUUAACUUCUAACAUAGCUGGAGUAGAAAAUGUUGUGAAUAAAGAAACAAUGUUUCACUA